AUGGCUCGUCCAAGGAUCCUCAUAUCGAAAAUUUACUUAUUGCUUUUUAUUGUAGGUUUCGUCUCGCAAUCUUGUGAAGCUAGAAAUUCAAUGCCUUACGAUGCAAGAAAGGGAUUGUUUCUUAGUGCCCUACCAAAGGGCAAUGUACCACCUUCCGGUCCAAGCGACAAAGGUCACACUUCUCCUCCGGAGGAUUAUUCCGAUCAGCAUAUGGUGCCAAAAAACUCGCCGGAGAUUCACCGUCUACAAGGAUCGGUUCCUAGCCCCGGCGUGGGUCAUUAG